UGUCCGUAGAAGGAAGAAGUACCGUUUCUUCUAGUCGUGAUGAUAGAAACCGGCAUAUGAACCACUCCUCUUUCUCUGAACAUAUUGAACCAGACGGGACCUCCACUGCACAUUCAAAUAAAAACCUUCAGAACCCAGGAAUACUUAAUAUAGGUAUUGAAUACUUCAGAAAUUUUAAUGUCGGGCAUUAAUAGGAAGCUAAAUAAUAUGAUGGAGACGGAGAUCCACGUGCCGGUUGGAUCACCGACGAUUAGAAAAUUCCAGAUAUUCGUGGACGAACAUAACGUGACGGAGGGGGCGAUGAAGCUGAUUAAACAGCUCAGACCGGGCUGGGACCCGAACCUGAUUCGGACGAAGCUGUUCACAGAUGGCACAACUAACAAACUGGUGGGGUGUUAUGUGGAGGACUGCCUUGAUGAUACGGUGCUGGUGAGGGUGUACGGCAACAAGACGGAGCUGAUCGUGGACCGAGACAACGAACUGAAGAGCUUCCAGGUUCUGCACGCCAAUGGUUGUGCACCACGACUUUACUGCACUUUUCAGAAUGGCAUCUGCUACGAGUUCAUGCAAGGACGCGCUCUGGAUACUCAAGACGUCAGGGACCCCGUGUUACUCAGACUGAUCGCACGAGAAAUGGCCCGCAUUCACGCCAUCCACGCACACAACGGCUGCAUUCCCAAACCCAACCUGUGGAUCAAAAUGCGCAAGUACUUCUCGCUGGUGGCCACUGAGUUCACAGACCAAGCCUCCAACGUCAGAAUCCAGCAGGAAGUGCCCAGUCGGGAAGUGCUAGAACAGGAAAUGAUGUGGAUGAAGGAACACCUGUCGCAGCUGGGCUCUCCUGUAGUGCUCUGUCACAACGACUUGCUCUGCAAGAACAUCAUUCACAACGCAAAGGAGGGUCAUGUUCGGUGUAUCGAUUAUGAAUACUCCAGUUACAACUACCAAGCAUUUGACAUUGGAAAUCAUUUUAAUGAAUUUGCAGGAAUGAGUGAACCUGACUAUAACCUUUAUCCCAGUCGAGAGAUGCAGUUGGACUGGUUGCACACUUACUUGCAGGCCUACAAGCUCUUUUCCAAGAAAGGUGAAGAGGUGAGCCAGCUCGAACUGGAGACGCUCUAUGUACAGGUCAACAAGUUUGCUCUGGCCUCACAUUUCUUCUGGGGUUUCUGGGCCCUGAUCCAAGCCAAGUACUCCACCAUCGAGUUUGACUUCCUCGGGUAUGCCGUGCUGCGUUUCAAUCAGUACUUCAAGACCAAACCUGAUGUAAUGGCCCUGGAGAUCCCUAAAUGAGACGUCAAGAUCGAGAGGACAGUGCUGGUAUCUGCUGACCUCAUUGUUGACCAUUUGACCAUGGAAUCAGAGGCCUUUUCAGUCGGUGCAGGGUAUGGGGAUACAGCAAGGGUGAGCAAUGGGACCGCUUAUGAUUGGAUGACAACUUGUUUGCCAAGGCUUAGUUCCACACAUUCUUGAUUCCUUUUUCAAACACCAUGUUUCUCUUUGGGACUGAACUUCUAGUUCCCAUGAAAUGAGUGUGUUUAUAUGUUUUAAUUCCAAUUUAUUUAUUAAUUAUUAUUGGGCACUUGUUUUUCACCUAAGUAGUCCUUCCGCUGCUGGAGCCGACUUUGUUUUGGGGCUUCUUGUUAUGGGUUUUGGUCGUGUGAGAGCCAUAGCAGACAUAUGCAGAUUUGCUGUUAAGGAGGCAUGUAGUGAUGUUUAGCAAAGAUGUAUUGUUACUAGGGGCGUUGACUAACACAAAACACCUCAGCCUGUAGAUUCAUAAUGCUUUUGGCAAUGGGAUGUAUCCCACUAUUUUCUUUAUUGCAAUGUCAAAUGCUCGAAGACCAAAAAUGAGCUAAUGCUUUCAGAUUCAUCUCACUCUGCAGUAAAGAUGAGAAGAAAUUGGGGUAAUGGGUAAAAAUCUGGUUUGCUAGUACAAAAGUUUUCGGUUUGAGCCAAGCAGUGUGGCUCGGGAACUAGAUAGUUACCAGGGUCAAAAUCCUGCACUUUAACGCACUUGAGAAAAUUAGUUAAACCCUGCAAUUAGUCCCGUGUAAGUCACUUUGGAUGAACUGCGUCAGCUAAAAGGCAAGUAACCAAGUAACCAUUGAAGUCUGUCUGACCUCACUCUAUACAUUCCCAAGAAGUCAGGGCCACGAGACCCCUCAGCCACAUUUCCAUCUAUUUAAUUUUUAUGGUUUUGAGGAGUUCGUUGAAUUUUCCACUCAUCACAGGCUUCCCCCUCCUCCUCCUCUCGCUCUCUGUCCUAAAUGCGUUUGCAUCACCUGGCAGAGCUCAAACUGAGAUUUGAAAGUCAUUAUCUGCUCAAUGAUCACUAAGCUCAUUCCUAAUAUAAACCCCCUCCUUAAACGUCAAUCUAAUGGUUUUUCCAAAACUGGAAAACGGUGCAAUGUUUAUGUAAUAGUGUUGUGUAGUUUGAUUCAGGUCACCAUCUGUGAGGACUCAAUGCAAUGUCCUGGAUCGAAAAGGACAAUAUUAUUUAAGUUCAGAACAUUAAUUGCAGAUUUAAGAAUGUAAUUAAUACCCGGACUGUAUGGUUGUAUGUGGUUUUAGCAGUGUUUUUCAAAACAUUUUGAAUUUCAUCUAGUUUCAGUGCUGUUCAUCUUAAAUUCUCUCACCUACAAUGGCACACAUGAUUACACAUUUCAUAUUUGAUUUCUUUUUUUGUAUAUAAUGCUUUCAACCCAAAAUGUAAAUUACUGUUUUAUAUGAUCUAUAUGAAGUAUGAGUAUAGAAAAUAAAUAAAACAUAAAGGCAUUAAAAGAAAAUUUGGAGAAGAAAAUUAGCUCAUGGUAAUGUCACAUUGCCUGAAAAAAAGGUUCUAUGUUCUUUUAGUUCAAAAUGUAAUUUUCUUUAUUUUCCCAUCCCUUAUGGAUGAAACAUGACCUAAAGAUGUUUUCAUGUGAUUCCUCCAUUUUUAGUCAGUACUGUAUCUGUAUAACUAGAAUCACUGUGUGUCUUCUCAGUUGUCCUUUUCCUGACCGACUGGAUCAGUCCCAAAACAAUCAAAACUGAAGCUAGAUGUUGCGAUUGAGCUGUGGGGUCACUGUGAAAUCUCUGACUCUGUGUUAGGAUAACCUGAUCUCAUGAAAGUGCGUAUAAAUAGUACGCCAAAUAAAAACAUAAACUUGUGGUAUCGAUACGCAAAAAAGGACUUUGGGGUGCAUAUGCAUAUGGGUAGGUUUAGGGUUGCGGGGUAGAUGCAUAUCCUAUAUACGCGAAACCUGUGUAUCAUAUGCACGGCAACAAAUUUCAUACCAUAUGCAUGCAAAAACUGCAUAUUAUUUGCAUGCCUAAGUAAUGUUUUGCAUAUUAGUACUACAAGUUUUCGUUUUUAUUUGCUGUACUAUUGAUACAUAUUUUAAUGAGACUGGGCUCGUCAGGAGCAAGUUAAUAAUGAAUCUCUUUGAGCCACAAGCAGCGACUGAAAGCGAGAGGCCCUUCAACAAAAUCAUGAAUAAUUUGUAGCCAAUGUUUCUUUGAUGAGUUGGAACUGCCUGAUAGCUCUGUGCUAAUAUACUUUGUCUGGUUUUGUCCACUUCUCACUGCUUAGAUCUAAAUUUGAAUUGCAAUUUUUAGGUGAAUCUUGAGAAAACAUUUCCAUUAGAAAUUUCACCCUACAAUUAAAAUUUUAAAUAAGAAAUAAUGUUUAGCAAAAUGCAGAAAAUGACAAAACACUAGCAUUUGUGCAAUAUGCUGUCUGAAAAUAAAUUCUAAUCAGCAUGAAUAAAAAUGUAAAUCUAUGUGUUAUACAGUUUAAUGUGCAUUACAGUAAUGAAAAUGCUAGAUUUAUUAGAAUUACAGUAAGAUACUGUGAUUGUCAUAAAAAAAAACAAUGGUCCUACAAUUUGCUUCAUAUUCACAAUCACAAUUUAUUUAUUUUUUUUAUUUUUUUUUUGGCCCCGAUAUGCUCUUGGAAGUUUCCUUAAGAUUCAACUUUCAGUGUCAGGAUAUGCUUAUUUACAUCUUUGUCACUUAGUGGUCCAUAAUGACUGAUGACUGAAAAUAUUUAGAAUGUUAUAAAUUAGCAACUUGUUCAAAUAACAGGAGUGCAAUUGCAAGAUGCGUGUAGAUGUUCAUAUGUUUAUGUGUCCACCAGAUGAAAACCACUUCUGUUUGUAAAAUAUGAGUUACUUAUCAAUUUUCUUUUAUGACAUGAAGGCCAUUUCUAAUGUGAAGGGGAAAAUGUUUACGAGCACCGUUCCCGUUAGUAUUUCUAUUAUUUGAAAUGACCUUGUAAAUAUCCCUUUUUAAAUCUCUGCUCUUAAAGGGGAUGUUUACAGGAAGCAUCUGUUUUGGGAUUUUUGUUUCGUUUGCCGUCAUGUUGAAAACAUACCAAACAAGUCGGCUUCACACUGUGCGCUUUAUCUGAGAUCAGUUCUUUUGUGAAUGUACUGCAGAAAUGUACAGAUAAUGUUUCGUUUAUCCUUAUAUCUUUAAUAUUUCUACUUUUUUUUUGUAUAUUUAACUGAACUGGGUUGUUGGGUUGGCAUGAGUUGAAGUGUGUGUUUGCUGGAGACCAGCAGGGGGCGUUACUAAAACCCACUGAUAAGGAGUCUGUAAAUACUGUGAAAUAUUGUGAAAAAUACUGUACAAUGUUUUGGCUUCUAUUCAAAUGUGCGGAGAAUAAUUUAACAAUUAUUCACAUUUUCCAUUAAAAUGUCAAAGUUGGAUCUAA